CCGGAAAAGUGUUCGAGUCAGUGCAGCGGAGGUUUUCGAGUGGAGUGAAUAUCCGAUUCGCGGCCGGUGUGAAAAUCCAGUUUCAGGAGCGCCAGAAGUGCAGGAAAAGCCAUGGAUUACGAGGCGGAACCAACGAUUGUGGACGCGGAGGCGUUCGACGCGUCGGAGAGCGCCCAGGCGCUGCGGGCGGCCAUGAAGGGGCUCGGCACGGACGAGGACACCAUCAUUGGCAUCCUCACGGGCUGCUCCAAUCGCCAGCGCCAGCAGAUCGACGCGGCCUUUGAGCGCGAGUUCAGCCGGAGUCUCGUGGAGGACCUGAAGAGCGAGCUGGGCGGGACUUUCGAGGACGUCAUUCUGGCCCUGGUGCGUCCGCCGUACGAGUUCCUGUGCCGGCAGCUGAACAAGGCCAUGGAGGGCAUGGGGACCGACGACUCGGCGCUCGUGGAGAUCCUCUGUCCGCUCACGUCGCAGGAGAUGAAGGUGCUCGUGGCGCAGUACGAGGAGCUGUACGGCCGGCCACUGGCUGAGCACCUCUGCAGCGAGACUUCGGGCCACUUCAGGCGCCUCCUCACGCUCAUCGUGACGGGCGUGCGCGAUCCGGCCGGCACAGUGGAUCCCGCCAUGGCGGCCGAGCAGGCAGCCUCGCUGUACGACGCCGGCGCCGAGAAGCUGGGCACCGACGAGGAGGUCUUCAACCGCAUCUUCUCGCACUGCAGCUUCGCCCAGCUGCGACUCGUCUUCGAGGAGUACAAGUCGCUGACCGGGAAGACCAUCGAGCAGGCGCUGAACAGCGAGAUGGACGGGGAGCUUCUGGACGGCUUCGUCGCCAUUGUGGAGUGCGUCCAGAGUCCAGCGGCAUUCUUCGCGCGACGCCUCCACAAGGCCAUGGACGGCGCCGGCACGGACGAUCCCACGCUCAUCCGCAUCAUCGUGUGCAGGAGCGAGAUCGAUCUGCAGACCAUCAAGGCGGAGUACGAGAGGAUCUACGACAGGACUCUCCUGAACGACGUCAAGGGAGAAACAUCUGGCGACUACAAGAGCGCCCUUUGCGCCAUCAUCGGCAGUGCUUAAGCCUGGAUCUCAUGGCGAUAAUUAUAGAUUGUGUGCCUCGAACUCAAAGUUACUCCAUAUUGAGCACUAUAUUUUGUUAGUCGGUGUCUUUCGCUCGAAUGUUAUUCUCAAAAAAAAGGAUGUGUCGAAGAAGUUGUAGUGCUAAAUUAUUCAGUGGGUUUUUGACCAAAAAAAAAUUGAGUAUCGCUAGUAUUUUUAUAGAGCUGCCAAAAAUAGAUUGUAAAAUCGAUAAAUAUUGUGUUUAAAAUCGAAAAUUCCAUCAGCAGCGAUUUGUUGUAAAACCACAGAAAUAUUCUCAGAGAAAUAAAUGUUGAAUCUGCACGUUUAAAAGUAAAUUAAAUCUUUAAUUACACAUUUAUAGUACAAUUUAGCAAACAUUGUUGUAAAUUAAUAUGUACAUCAAGUUGGAAUUGGUAAUUUUUUUUUUUAUUUUUGACAUUGAUAUCAAAGCAAGAUAUUUGAGUGUUUCACUCUAUCCAUCAAAUAUCAUUCUGCUGCGAAUGCGUAACAUUAGACGCUCAAAAUUGUCACAUUUCAUGUAUUUUUGCUAUUUAAUAUAUAUUUUUUUUCAUUCUUCUUGAAUAUCAAAUGACGCCAAAGUUGUCUCAUAAAAAAUCUUUUUCACAUCGAUUAAUUGUUUAUCAUUUUUUUUGUUUUAAUUUUAUACUUCAAACAUGAAUUAUUUUUUUCAUAUUCUCAUCUCCUCUCCGCUUCGCAUUACAAAAUUAGGAUUCUUCUUCUAUUCUUCCUUUCACACUUAUUUCCGGUUAAUACUUUUUUUUUGUUUCUAUCAUAAUCCUUGUCAUGCUUUGAGUGCGAAAAUUGAGUGUGUGUUUUUUUUUGUGUGGGAGGGAAAUUUGCAGCUGAGGAUUAUUCAGGGUGUGUGAAGAAGAGGUUCAUUUCUUGUUCAUCUAGCAAUUAAUUUUUCAAGUCAACAACGAUUAAAAUAUACAAAGACUACAUAAAUUGGACGCAAUUCUAGGCCUGGAGCGUUCAUUUAUCUUUUUUUUCUUUUCUUUUUCAUCAUACAAAAUGUGCUGUGCUAAGAACGCAAAUUGAUGACACUACAGAACAGGUUUUAAGGAUUUGUCAUCAAUUCACUUGAGGAUUACACAGUAAAUCGUGGGGGUUUGUCUCUCCUUUUGCUUUCUACCGCGGAAGGGGUGUGAAAUUGAAGGCAUUGGUGCGUUAUAUUCUCGUAUUUUUCAUCUUUUAUAUGACGGUGUAAAAAGAGGUGAACAUUUCCAUUUUUUUUUUCUUCCUUCAUCCUUUCUACCAAGUGCUUUAUCAACAUUGUACAAAUAUCCUUUAUGACAUGCUCAAAUAUGCAUAGUUUUUCCUAUUAAUAUUGAUUUACUAUUGACAAAAAUACCUAAAUAAAAAUCGCUUUUCAUUCCCGGAAUUACAAAUUGUAAAAAGUGCACGCUACACUUGCUAAAAAUCAUUGCGUUCUUCUCUAAAUGGCAACUUGAUGGCACAUCAUUUUCGUCAAUCGGCAUUUUAUCGUCUUUAUCCUAUUCUGAGAGGAUCACAAAAUACAGGUCAGUGCAAGAAACUGUAACGCAUUGUCUGAAUGUGAGAAGUAAAUUAUAAAAGGGGGAAAGUGUGCAAUGUCGUUCUUUAGCGGUGUUACAAAUGCUUCGCGUACAAAAAAAAAACGACUUUGAUUCAUCCAAAUCGUGUAACAUUAUUGAUUAGUUACAUUGAAAUAUCAAUACUUAAUGCUUUUCAUCCAUAAUUCUCAUCUUAUCUUUAGUUAUUGAGAGCGAAUUGAUUAUAGAUAUACGUCUAUUCAUCUCUUCAUUAUUCUUGUGGUUUUUUUUAAUCCUUUUCCUUUAUGAAACAUCGAGAAACAACUAUUGGUAUUCAUUCCAUUUUAUCAUCUAGUCUAGUUUAUCCAUCACACAAUGUCCAUAAUAAAAAUACAGAUUAUUCUCAUCUUCUCUCUCUCUCUUUAUAUGCUUUGUAAUAUUAACUAGUCAUUAAACACUUAGGAAGUGUGUAAUAGAUUUUUUUUUCAUAAAUUCUCAGAGAUAAACAAAAUAAAAGGGAAAUAAAAACAAACUAAAAACUGAGAAACAGCACGCGUUAUAAGAAAUCACAAUGAAAUUAUUAUUUAAAAAAAAAUUAGAGAUAGAUUUUACAAAGUAUAAAUUCUGUGAAGAGUCACUGGAAAUGAUUAUUUACUGCAU